AAGCAUUGAGGAUUUGUUGGUACUUGCUUAAUCAAUAUGCUAGAAUAUUUGAUAUUUUGUACUCGGAUUAUCAGCAAUCACAAGGUCGUAUAGUUAGUAAUAAUUUUGACCCAAUCGAACUGUUAACAAUACAUAGUUAUGCAGAUAAUAUAGAGAAACGUAGGGAAGAGUGA